AUGGUAGAAUUUUUAAAAAGGGAUGAUAGUAUGUAUACUUAUUCGGUAGAAUCGUCGAUUGAAUGUCAUAAAAAAAAGAAAGAGAAAAAAACAAAAAAACAUAAUGGGACUAAAAAUAUAAACUCGUUCAGUGAUAGUGAGCAAAUAUUAAAUAACAGUUUUGGUUAUAUAAAUUGUUUUCACUUUUUAAAGACGGAAAAUAAAAACCAAACAAUUUUUUUAGAGAAAAAUUCUGAUCAUCCUACGAAAGAAAAUUUGUGUAGAAAAUGGUUAAGCACAAAAAGUGAGUUUAGUGAUAAAUAUAAAAACAGUAGCAAUAGUAGAAAUUGUAAAAAGAGGUACCUUCAAAAUAAAGUAUUUACCAUUGUUAGUUAUGAUUUUAUAGGGGUUAUAAAAAAGACAAAAAAUAUAAAAAUGAUACACACACAAAGAGAUUGUUCCUUAUUAUGUUAUAAAAAUAGGGAGGAAAAAAAAAUGAAUAUAUUAAAGAAGAUUGAAAAAGAAAAGAUUCCAGAUUUUAAUGAGUCCCCAAUUAGUAUUGAAAAGGAGUAUAUGUUAUAUGAAAAAAAAUAUAAAAAUAUUCAUAUUGCUUUUGUAAAGGGCUGGGAAAGUAGAAAAAAUAUAAACAAUGAUUAUAUUAAGAAUAGAGAGAAAGAUAAUGAUAUUAAUAAGUUGAAAACAAAAAUAAUAAAAAUUUAUAAAUAUCCAAAAGAGGAUACUUUUAAUCCAUUUUAUAAUAACUAUAUGUGUUUUGAAAAUUCUGUAAAAUUAGAAAAAUGGCUAACUGAGGAUUUAAAACAUGAAAAUAUUAUAAACAUUGAAUCUUAUUUUUAUCAUAAUGAGGAAAUUAUAACUUUUUAUAAAUAUGGUGGUAAUUCACUUAUGCAAUGGGAUAAAGAAACAAAACGGUUUCAGUAUAAAAAAAAGGUAUACACAGUUAGUGAAAAGAAAAAGAAAAAUUAUGAGCAUGAUAAAAUAUGGAAUCCUAUAAUUAAUAAUGAUAAUAAUAAACAAAGUAAAAGAGAAAAGGCAUAUGUCUAUCCUGAAUAUAUGAUUGCAGAAAUUUUAAGACAAGUUUUAAAAGCAUGUUUAUAUUUAUAUGAGAAUGAAAUAUAUCAUAGUGAUAUUAAACCAUCAAAUAUUGUUGCAAAAAAUAUAAAAAAGAAAAAUUUAAAUAAGAUAAUUUAUUGUAAAAAAGAAAAAAAAUGGUAUAUAAAAAAGUAUGGAAAAAUAAAAAAAAAUAAAAUUUUAAUUAAAAUAAUAGAUUUUGAAUAUUCACAGAAAUGUUAUGGAGAAGAAGUUAAUGUAGGAGGUACAACAUCUUUGUUUAAACCAUUAGAAAGUUUUAAAAAAAAUAAAAUUAAUAUAUUUUCAAAAAUAGUUUGGGUUAUAGGAAUAACUAUUUUUAUAUUAUCAACAGGAGAACACCCUUUUAGUUCUAUAAAUAAUGAUAUGCAUAUUUUAUUUUUAAUUCAAAAUAAAAAUUUUGAUAUAAAAAAUAGUUUUAGAAAAUAUAGUUACUUUUCACGUUCCUUUAAAGAUUUACUUCAAAAAAUGUUAAGAGUGGAAUAUACUCAACGAAUUUCUUUUUUUGAUUUAUUCUUUCACCCCUUUGUUCUUUUUGGUGGUGAAUAA